AUGAAGUGUAUUUCUCUGGCCUUGACUGAUCCACCUGUGUUUCCAGAACCAUCAAUUGAGUCGACGGAUCACAUGAUUCUACCCAUCGGUUACCACAGCCCACCAAUCACGCUUCAGUGCAACCUUACAGCUUCCCAAACCAAACACCAGGACAGCUACUGGAUGAAGAACGGGGAGGAGAUCCCUGACACAAGGGGCAAAGACAAAAACACAGAAUACAAACUUAAUAAACCAAGGCCAGAGGAUUCGGGCGAGUAUAUGUGUGUGUACACGUUCGAAUCGGGCCCCCCAGCAAAUGCCACUAUCGAGGUAAAAGCUGCACCAGACAUCACGGGGCACAAGCGCAGCGAGAAUAAGAAUGAGGGUGAAAAAGCCGUCCUCUACUGCAAAUCCGUGGGUUAUCCUUAUCCCAUAUGGAGCUGGCGCAAACUUGAUAACGGCGCCAUUUUGGACAUCGACAACAGCACCGGCCGCUUCUUCAUCAUCAACAAAGACAACUUCACGGAGCUGAGUAUCAUCGGUCUGGACAUCGGCACAGACCCGGGCGAGUACGUCUGCAACGCCUCCAACAUCAUCGGCUCCAAAGAGUCCAUGACCAUCCUGAGGGUGCGGAGUCACCUCGCCCCGCUGUGGCCUUUCCUGGGCGUCCUGGCCGAGAUCAUCAUCCUCGUGGUCAUCAUUGUGGUUUACGAGAAGCGCAAGAGGCCGGACGAGGUUCCAGAUGGUAAGUAGCGCUCUGCUUUUACAGAAUACUUGCAAAAAGUCUUGCGGUACGAUUUCCCCGGAGGCGUCUGCUGAAAUAUAAUACCGUCCCGAAGUGCUGUUGUUUGGGCAGCAGAUCAGAAAAUGAAGUGAAUUAUUCUAGAAAUGUAGCGCUGCACAAUUAUGGCUGACAGUUUUGGUUUUAUGUCAAGUAGUGACUACAUGCACAGCUUCCCUAUAAAGCUAUAGAGGCAAGGAAUAAUGAGCUACUUGUUUUUGGAACAAAAAGUCAAUAGGAUUUUUCCUUUGGCUUUUUUAUUAUUGGACAAAAUACGCUCUGUGGCAAUUUUUACAUACUUCGUUCAUCAUGGUAACUUCACAACAAAAUCGCCUGCUUCUGCCGACAAACAAAAUUAAAUAAAAAGUACAAAAAACCCCUCCUUCUGUCGAUAUUUGUAAGUGGAAAGUUUCCCGUUUAGACCUUUUUCAAGACACACCAAAGCUUAAAAAUCAUAAUUGGAGUGUUACUGGUGUAUUUCAUGCUCGAGAUGAAAACGUUUUAGCUAAAUGCCGAACUUAUUUCGAGCAUUUAAUCAAAAACCCAACCACUGCAGGAAUGCGACAUUUGUAGGAUUUUUCUGUAUUGCGUGUCUGAAAUGUCUAAAUGGAAUUAGAAUCAGCAAUUGCUAAAUUUCUCUUGAAAUAGCGUUUAUUUUCAUGUGACGGUCACGAGUAAAGCAUCCAUUUAGAUGAACACUAAUAGGCCUGUUGCGU